AUGAAGUAUGAAUGGAGGCCUGCGGGCAGAGGGCCUGGCCGUGUCCUUGGAGAAGACAGCUUUCAGAACACUCUGCGCUCCGUGUCUCUGGCUCUGCACUGGGCCCAAUGCUCCGGCUCGGCAAACAGAGGCAGAGCACCGCGGGCCCCACACAGAGCAGAGAUCAGAGCGCUCACAGCUCAUCCAGCACACCCAGCACGUCUGCAGGUACAGCACUUAAGCCACACUGUUCCGUUUAUAGUCCGGGGCCUCAGGAGGACCGCUCUCCCCACUCAGGACUCAGCCAGGACUCAGGCAGGUCAAAGAGUCAAACUGCUGCAUGGCGGACAGUAUCAUGAAUACAGACACUGA